GCCGUCCCGCACGACCGCCGCCGCCACCACCGCCAUGGCCGCGCGGGGGGAGGAGACGGCGGCGGCGGCGGCGGCGCAGGCUGCUCUCGUCAGUUCCUGAGGCGGCGACGGCCUGGCCGCGGCUCAGCACUGUUUAACCCAAGGAUGGCGUCCAGUCUGGAUCUGAAAGAAGCAACUAGCAGUCAAAGUUCAUGGGAUACUUUGCUACCAGAUUUCCCUAAAGGACCACUUUGCAAAUAUCGUAAGAAAGCUUCCUUCAGUUGGAAGGAAAUGGCUGUGUUUUUAGAUGGGGAAGAUAUCAUCCAGCUCAAGAAUAGAAUCUUCUCUGCUUUAGAAAAUGAUCCUGUCUUUGCACAUCAUCCUGGAGAAGAUUUGAGCCGUGAGAAAUACCAGGAGCUGACAUUCCUGCGCUGCAAAAGGCUCUUUGAGUAUGACUUUCUUAGUCCCCAAGAGAAUGCAGAGAAACCGUUAAAGAUAUUAAAUGUGAUUAACUGCUUAGGGAUGUAUGAUUGGUCUCCAUGUCUCAAGUAUUUUCUACAUUGUGGUAUAUUUGCAGGUACAAUUUUGAGUGCUUCUAAGAGGUUUGCAGACUUCGUGAAACAGGUUUAUAGCAUGGAGAUUUUUGGAUGUUUUGCUCUUACUGAACUCAGCCAUGGGACUAAUACCAAAGGCAUACGAACUACUGCCACAUUUGACAGCAGCACUCAGGAAUUUAUCAUCAACACUCCUGAUUUUGAAGCUGCAAAGUUCUGGGUUGGUAAUAUGGGGAAAAAUGCCACUCAUGCAGCUGUGUAUGCCCAACUCUAUACUCCCGAUGGACAAUGCCAUGGAUUGCAUUCCUUUAUUGUGCAGAUUCGAGAUACAAAAACUCUCCUACCAAUGCCAGGUGUGAUGGUAGGUGACAUAGGAAAGAAAGUUGGGCAGAAUGGAUUGGAUAAUGGAUUUGCCAUGUUCCAUAAUGUCAGGAUACCUAAAGAAAACAUACUGAAUGUAGCUGGAGAUGUCACAGCUGAGGGGAAAUACAUAAGCUCUUUGAAGGAUGUUAAAGAUCGUUUUAGUGCUUCUCUUGGGUCCUUGUCCACUGGCAGAGUUCUGAUUACAGCAAUGUCUGUGACCAAUUUGAAGCUUGCCUUAUCAAUAGCCAUUCGCUUCUCAGCAACCCGUCAUCAGUUUGGACCAACUGAUGAAGAAGAAAUACCUGUUCUUGAAUACCAAACACAGCAAUGGCGCCUUCUUCCUUAUCUGGCUGCUACAUAUGUGUUAGAUUAUUUCUCCAAAUCACUGUUUGAGAACUUUGUAGAAUUUUAUGCAGGCUUAUUGACAAAGCAAAGGAGUCAGCGACAGGCUGAUUUGGGACGUGAGAUUCAUGCCUUAUCUGCUGCCAGCAAACCACUGUCUUCUUGGACUGCUCAGCAGGCAGCCCAGGAAUGCCGAGAAGCUUGUGGAGGACAUGGUUACCUUGCCAUGAAUCGUCUGGGCGAAAUUCGUAAUGACAAUGACCCAAACUGCACAUAUGAAGGUGAUAAUAAUGUCCUGCUUCAGCAAACCAGCAACUACUUAAUGAGCUGGAUGAGUUGCAUAAGAGAGAAAGCUCCUUUUGAAUCCCCGUUUGGAACAGUAAACUUUUUGCAGAACUACCACCACAUCCUUGGCCAGAAAUUCACAGCCAGUAGUGUUGAAGAUUGCAUGGACUCUUCAGUUCCUUUAGCAGCAUAUAAAUGGCUGGUUUGCUACCUGCUCCGAGAAAGUGAUCUAAAGCUGAACAAGGAGAAGCAGUCUGGGCAAAGUGAUUUUGAGGCAAGAAACAACUGUCAGGUGUACUACUGUCGAUCAUUAGCCAUUGCUUUUAUUGAACAAACAGUCUUACAAAGAUAUCAUGACUACACUCAUGAUCCCAGCAUGCCAUCUACUCUGCAGCCUGUGCUUAGGAAUCUCAGUGCUCUGUAUGGCCUCUGGUCUUUAAGUAAACAUCUGGCUGUGCUCUACCAAGGUGGCUAUGUUUCAGGUGAACAAGCUGGAAGAUUUAUUCAGAAUGCUAUUUUGGAACUUUGCUACAGGUUGAAAAAUGAUGCCGUUGCCUUGGUUGACGUCUUUGCUCCUCCUGAUUUUAUUCUCAACUCUCCCAUUGGCAAAGCUAACGGAGAGCUAUAUAAAAAUAUGUGGGCCGAGAUCCUUCAAGGCAGCAAAGCUCUGAACAGACCUUCAUGGUGGGCAGAAUUUUGUAUUAAUAAACCUGUUACAGGCAGGCUGAGAUCAAGAUUGUAAAUGAAACAAUUUGUUAGAGGCCAGAUGGGGCUGAGAGGGAUACUGUAUUUCAAACACCAGGAGGAAAUGAGACCGUAUGUAAAACACAGAAAAUGAAGAAGAUUUUCAUAUAGAGGUGGCAAAUCUUAGAAUAGCUUUGAAAUCAAGUCCAACUUGAUUGCAAGGACUGUUCGCACAAUAGUGGCAAGAGCAAAAGCAAUAUAUCUGCAUACUAUUCAUAUUUACUUAGUUAAAUAUAAAAAAUGAAGAUUCAUUAAGAUCAUUGCUUUGCAAAGUGUCUAUAAAUAAAAUGUUCCAAUAGUGUCUUGACUUUACUGGCAUAUUACAGAAGUUAAGUAAUUAACAAGCAUCUCCCACCAGUGUUUAUAAACAAGCUGAACAAAAAUAUAUUUACAAGAUUCUAGGAGAGUAUUAGCAAAAUAAAAGAGAAUUUUUAAAAAAAUGAAAAAAGAAAAAAAAAAUCAAGAGCACUAACAGGGAUAAACCUGUAUUAAGGAAUGGGAAUCAUUUCAGACAGCCUCUUUAAAGUCCCUGAAGCUAUUCUGAUUUACUUCAUGUGCUUCAGUGUUAAAAUACUUGAUUGUUCUUCCAUUGUAAGAGAGGAUUUGGGAUUUCAGGUAAUCUUCUUUUGAAUUGUAUAUAUCUUUGUAAAUGAAAUUAAUUGAAAAUGAGUCAUUUAUACAUUUUUUUUUAAGUAUGGUAAUGCAAACUUCAAAGUCUUAUAUAAGUUUCCUGUUAGUUAUAAUGCUUUCAGUACUGCAAAACUAGUAAUAAGCCUGGGAUAAGUCAACAUACACAGAAACUGCACCUACUUUUUUAGAUCAGAAUAUACUCAAAUGAAUUGUUAAAAAUAUUUUGCUAUAACAACAUGUAACUGUGAUAGGCAACAUUAAACAAACUACAAUUUUUCUCUGUCAGCUACAUCAACUGGUAAAUAUUUUUCUUUUCAAAGGGAAGAGAUACUAACAUAAAGCUUUGAAAAUUCAGAAUAUUUUGUUUUAGAUACACUGUGAAAAAGUAAUUUUUCUUUAUUGUAUCUGUGAACUGUUAAACUCUAAAUUCUUCUUCCCUUGCUUUUGUGAGCAGACUUAUCAAGUCAGAGAGAUUAUUUUAUAAGUUGACUGUUAUUUAUAGCUUCAUCUUGUGCUGUUAAAAUAAACAGAAGUUCCACACUGAA